AUGUCGCAGAGACUCUCUCCGUCGAACCGACGCGAACUCCUGAGAUCCGUCGCAGAAGAAACAAAGACGUUGCUCCCGAAUAUCCUUGCGUUGAGACCACAAGAUCCUCCGACUGGCAUCUAUCUGCAACGGGAAAGGAUUCGGGCCCUUGGUUCAAGGUACAACCCGAACCUAAGCGCCCAGGUCGAAGUCGUUAAUGCGGAUACUUUCGACACUGCUAUCCGACUCGCAAAUUCUCCCGGAACACCAAAUGGGACUGAUGCCAAGAAAGUCUGUGUUUUAAAUAUGGCCAGCGAGAAACAUGCUGGCGGAGGUUGGCUUCGAGGCGCUCUAGCCCAGGAAGAAGAGCUCUGCUAUCGCAGCAGUCUCAGUUUCACUCUCAAGAGGCGGUUCUAUCCCAUCCGUGACAAUGAUGCCCUUUAUUCUCCGAACGUGGUGAUUUUCCGUGAGGGUUUUACCAAUGGUCACCGACUCAUGGAUCUACAACGGCCGGAGUUACUCCCCGCUGUCAGUGUCAUCAGUAUCGCGGCCCUGCGGAGGCCAUCUGUCAACCAUAGGCUAUCUCCACCCGCCUAUGUGCGUCCCGCCGAUCGGGAAACGAUGAAGGACAAGAUGCGUUCGAUCCUUCGUAUCGCAGCCUUUAAUAAGCACCGAAAAUUGGUUUUAGGUGCUCUUGGAUGUGGUGCAUUUGCGAACCCCAAGGAAGAGGUCGCCAAUUGCUGGGCAGCGGUCCUGCGGGAACCGGAAUUUCAAGGAUGGUGGGAAAACAUCGUGUUUGCAGUUCUGGAUAAUACAGCCCAUCUUACCAAUAGUGAUGGGAACUUUGAUACGUUCCACAGCACCCUGCAUGGUUUGAGGCUUUGA